ACGAUGAGGUUCGAUCUGCAAUUACUGCUUUUGAGCAUCUGCUCCUGGACGAUCAGUGCCCACUCCCUGGUUGGUGCCGGAGUUGGAGGAGUCGCUGGAGUGGCUGGAGUUGGCGGUGGAUUUGUCCAGCAAUCGCCAUACAUCCAACAAGUGCCCGUCGUGCAACAAGUGCCCAUUGUGCAACAGAUUCCCAUUGUGCAGCAGCCGCAGCCGCAGGCCUUGGGACUAGCCGGGGGUGGGCUGAUAGGAGGCGGAAUCGGCGGCGGCGUUGGCGCAGCAGCUGGCUUUGGACGCUAUCGGGAGAGCUACCGGGUGAGAGGGCGUGGCCUUGGUGGCGGAUUCCGUGCUCGCUACGACAAGAAGAUUGGCGGUGGCUUUGCGGGCUUUGGAGCAGCAGCGGGAGCCGGGGCAAUAGGUGGAGCAGGCGGCGGUCUGCUAGGCUAAGUGUUAGUGUGUUUUAGAAUAAAUAAAUCAAUAAUAGC